CACUUUUAAAUCAAAAUGAAGGUAACAGUGACCACACUUACUGACUUCAUAUUUGUACUCGAUGUUUCUGAAGAUUUGGAAUUGGAAAACUUCAAGGCAUUUUGUGAGAUUGAGUCGAGUUUCCCUGCGACUGAAAUAGUUAUUGCAUUUAAUGGGAUGCCUUUAAUGAACAACAAAAAGUCUCUUAAAGAUCAUGGAAUUGGUGAUGGAAAUGUGGUUUGUUUACAACAUAUUCUUUCCAGAUCUCAGAGUAAUAUUGAGCAGAAUGCCUCUGUUUCUAGCUUUGACUUCAGUAGUAUACAAGUCCCAAACAGCAUGAGACCGGCAAAUACAACCAACAGACCCAGUGAGGAUGAUCCUGUCUUAAUCCGAGACAUGUUUCUUGCUAACCCUGACCAGUUAGCCUUAUUGAAACAGAAUAAUCCUAGAUUAGCUGAUGCUCUGCUGAGUGGAAAUAUUGAUACCUUCGCCUCAGUACUGAGGGAACAAGUUCAAGCAAGACAGGACAGGGAGCAACAAAGACUGAGAAUGAUAAAUGCGGAUCCAUUUGACACUGAGGCGCAGAGACUGAUAGCCGAAGAAAGCAGGCAAAAAAAUAUUGAGGCAAACAUGGAAGCUGCCACUAAAUAUUUUUGUUGGGUGACGAUCAACCCCAAAAUCUUAAAUGGUAAGGGUAUCACUCGACACCCCUUCCUAUUUAAGAUUUUGGGGUUGAUAGUCACCCCCGCAUGGGGGUUAGAGUUAAGGGAUUAA